AUGAUUGAUGCUAAAUAUUAUUUGUAAAAGAGUCAAUUGAUUAUGAAACAUUUAAAUAGUUAAGACCAAAAUGUUGUUGAAUGGAUAAUUUAAUUAGAUGAAACAUAGAAGCAAUUUGAAGAAAAUUAAUUUCAUUAUCCCUUAUUGGAACAGAGUGUAUAAUUCAUUAAUCAUAUUGUUAUCCAUCCUUUUCUUCAACUUUUGGAAAAAAAAGGAUUGUAAUUUCUAAAAUUUUUUAAUAUGAACUACAAUUACAAUAUGAAUAAUAAUCUAUUAUAUAAAAUUACUAAUUACAGAUUGAAUAUGUAUAAGAAGACUUUGGAUAAUAUUGCAUUCAUUUUAUAAUUAAAGAAGAGAAUUUACCAAAUAUCUCAAAAAUUUUAAUGGAUAUUUUAAAAAGUUUAAGUAAAAAAAAAAAUACCCAUAAAGAAUGGGGUCAAGUAUAUACAGUUUAUAGAUCAAAUAUAUGGGUGGUGCCUUUUUCAUAACAAAUAUUGAUAAGGCAAGGUAAAUUUAACUUAAAGAAAUAACAACCUUCUGUAUAAUUAAUCUAAAUUUUAUGGAGGAUUUAAAAUAAGGUUCAAUUUUGAAGAAACUUUAUUAAAUACUCAAUGAUUAGAAUUUAAUCUCACAACAAAAUAUAUAUUCCUUAUGUAUUCAAGCUUACAUAACUUUAGUUUAAAUAAAUUAAAUAAACAACGAAAUUGAAAGAGGAACAUUAUUUUAGCAAGAAUAAUUUAAAAGAUCUGAUAUAAGAAAAUUUAUAUAAAAAAUCGACAUAAUCUCUAUCUAUUUUUGAAGGACAGGU